AUGCAGAAAACCAGCAGCGCUUCACGCAGCAUCCACCAUCAUCACCAUCACCACCGUGACCUCUUCAGCGAGUCUCCGGAUGGUCUGAGCGGCUUUGAGGGCGCUCCUCAGCAGCAAGUGGAGGCGUCUGAGCAUGGCACGUUUCCCCGGAGGUCAAAGCAGCAAAACCCAAAGUUUGCAAUGAGCAGAAAGAUUUUCCCCUGGAUGAAAGAGUCCAGACACUCAAAUCAGAAACCCGGGAGGAGAGUCGCAGACUGCCCCGUGAACGAGAAGAGUCCAAGCAGCGCGACCCCGGCCUCCAAGCGAACGCGCACCGCGUACACGAGCGCGCAACUGGUGGAGCUGGAGAAGGAGUUCCACUUCAACCGCUACCUAUGCAGGCCGAGGCGCGUGGAGAUGGCCGGCCUGCUCAACCUUCACGAGAGGCAGAUCAAGAUCUGGUUCCAGAACCGGAGGAUGAAACAGAAAAAAGACCAGCGAGGUCAGGGCCUCCCUGCAGCCAUCACCACCUCCUCUUGCUCGCCCUCGUCCUCCCCCUCCGCCCCGGGAAGCCCCACUCUGUCGAGCCUGGGUUAUGUCCAUCUGGGAGGGGAUUACCAACCGGCCUCCCCUCAGCUCAGGCCCCAGCAGCAGCAGGAGCAACAGGAGCAGCAGCCUGCGUACCCGGCAAACUACUCUAAAUAUCCAGUUUCAGGCUUCACGCAUGGCCCACAGUUUGAUGUGCAGUACAGCACACACACGAGCUCACACACACCAAACCCAAACCUGCGAGGAAACGACCUGAGCGGCUCGUAUUUCUCACAGAGCUGCAGUCCUCAGGAAAGAAUCAUGCAAGCUCCCAAACUGACCCACCUGUAG